AUGCAGGUCUCAAAGCCUCGUCGGCAUAGAACAGCAUCUGAUCCAUUUUCCGAUCCCACCUCUCACUCCUAUUCCGCAUACGGUAUCCCAACUCUCUCUAGAAACGCCCCUGCUCAACAGGUCACCAACCGUCCACCACCUGUUCCUUCAAAGGUCACCACCAGACCCGCCCCCACCAAGCGAUCAUACCCAUCCCCCGCAAUGAAUCGCGAGAACGUAGCUGAAGCAGUCCGAGAUACCGUUCAGUUACGCUCGAAUGACCAGAACCCUCGGACCAAGAUAGGGAGAAGCCAGACUGAACUUCCCCCUCCUUCUGGUUCACGACCUCCCACCGCACCCGUUUCGCGGCGCUCGUUGUCUCAAGACUCUGUGCUCCGUGCAGCCAACACAGUGGAGAAAUCAAAGACUAAUACUCGUGCUCGUGCAGGCAAGAAAGGUUCCUCGCAUGCCGAUGUUAUCGAUAGACUAGAUUUUUCCGGCGUCGGCCCCAUGUUCCACCAUGACGGGCCAUUUGAUGCAUGUGCACCCUCGCGCAAUCGUCACCGUACUAGAGCACCCAUGCUGGCAUGGAGUGGUGUACACGACGCCGAUAAGGAGGCGCUUGCCAACGCCCACGAUGUUGCUCCAGGCUUGGGCCAUGAUUCGCCGUACCCGUCAGCUGCGGUGUACGUCCCCUAUCAAGCACCAAAGAAGAAGCACGACGCUAUCGCCGAGGCAUGGGGUACGCAUGAGCCGGAGCCUUUUGAGGACUUCUCUGCCGGGGGCGGAGCCACCACUCGCGGGAUCAGCGAACUCCGAGGCGCCUCUUCUCCUCGCGGCGUUGCGACUGCUAAUAGCAACUUGCGACGGACGAAGGACGGGCGUGCUGCCCGCGAUGUUUAUCGCGAAUAUUUGGACGAUGGUCAGGUACCGUCCAACCGUCGCCAGCAGACCAAGCGUUCGAUCCCUCCUCCCCAACCCAUUUUCGUGGCUGACAAUGAAAGCGGCGAUAGCGGUUCUCCCCCUUCUCCCUCAGCUGGUCCUCCUUCGCCUGGGACCCCCAAGCGCACGAGGUCUAUCAUGCGCCGCAUUCGCAAAAUGCGCGACAGUCCCAAUGUUCCUGUUGGCCCUGACGAUGUCCCACCGAAUGAGCAUGAGAUUUCCCCGACUUCGUCCAUGGAAGAUUCUGCUGUCACUCAUCCGGCGUACAAUGCGCGUCCGACUCAUCGCUCUCAGAACUCGUUCCUAGGGCGAUUUGGCCGUGGUACAAAUGCUAGGAGGGAAGAAGCCGUUGGGUCGGAAGACGUUGGCUCAUACGUCUACGUGGAUCCUGUGCCUCUUAACAAGGAGAAAUCCCUCCCUGCACCCCCUGGCAUGAAGGACAACGAUCUUUCACCGGGGGAUAAUGUAGCUGGGUAUUUCGACAACUCCGUCGGCGGUGCUGCAGGAUCUCCUGGCGGUGCUGGGCUCGGCAGGAAGACGAGCCUGUUGAAGAAGGUGAAGGGAGUAGUGAGAGAACAUAUGCCCCGUCAUCUUGCUAAAGAUUUUCGUGGCCUUCAUCUCAAGCCCGCGUAG